AUGUCUUUUAAAUCAAUCGACACAGUUAUUGAUGAAAACGAAAUCGUAAACUUUCCAACUGAAUUUUUGAAUUCUCUGGAUUUGCCAGGAAUGCCACCACACAACCUUCAAUUGAAAAUUGGUUCACCAAUUAUUCUUCUACGUAAUUUAAACCCACCUCAAUUAUGUAACGGUACACGUUUAGUCAUAAAAAAAAUGACCGAAAAUAUUCUUGAAGCAACAAUUUUGUCGGGAAAAUUUAAAGGAGAUAUCGUCCUGUUGCCACGUAUUCCACUGAUAGCGUCGGAAUCUCCAAUACCGUUUAAAAGGCUCCAAUUUCCGAUUUAUUUAGCUUUUGCGAUAACUAUAAAUAAAUCUCAAGGCCAAACAAUGUCUAUUUGCGGUUUGGAUUUGGAAAACACAUGUUUCUCACAUGGACAGCUAUAUGUUGCCUGCUCACGUGUAGGAAAACCAUCAAAUCUCUUCGUGUUAGCGAAAUACAGGUUAACCAGGAAUGUUGUACACAAAGUAGUACUUAGAUAA